AUGCGCAGCGGAUGGAAGAGCGUGCUGACCACAGCGUCGUCGAUCACGAGACGACAACAGUUCAUGUCAACUGAAGCCAAACUGAGGCGCCUCUUAUCCACCCAGGCGAUGGCGAUGAAGACGCCGCAGCUGCAGCGCAAGUGCGUCGCUUAUCGUCUGGGUAGCGUCGAAUAUGAGACUGCAUGGGACUGGCAGAAGCAGCUCAUUCAGCAGCGUGUUCUGGCCAUUCGCGCCGGUCAAUCGGUGGAAAAGGACGUGGUUCUUGUCCUGGAACACCCAAGCGUGUACACACUAGGGCGAGGUGGCAACAUGGAGAACGUCAAAUUUGAUCCUGAAAAAGAGCACGUCAAGCUGGUGCGCGUCGACCGCGGUGGUGAAGUAACGUACCAUGGUCCCGGACAGGUGGUGGUGUACCCGAUUAUGGAUCUAACGCAGCACAAGAAAGACCUGCAUUGGUACCUUCGUCAGGUGGAGGAGGUGGUGAUCCGCACACUUGCCAGGUUUGACAUUCAGGGCGAACGUGUGGACGGGCUUACGGGUGUCUGGGUGGAGGAGAAACACGGAUCUACGGGUGAUGAACACCGCAAGGGGAACUUUGAACGUGAAAUGUGCAAGAUUUGCGCAGUCGGCACGCAUGCGAGUCGCUGGGUGACCAUGCACGGCUUCGCACUGAACGUGAAGACGGACCUGCGUGGGUUCGACCGAAUUGUUCCGUGCGGUAUUGACGAUCGCGCUGUCACGAGUAUUGAGCGUAUACGUCCAGAUGCAACCGUUAAGGAUGUACAGGAUGCUGCUAUCGAGGCCAUAAGCGAAGUCUUCCACCUCGAUAUGGAAGAUGUUGAAGCCAAGACUCCAUUGUAGAGUGCAUAUCCCUGUACUUUUGAGUAUUUUGUCUCUUUUCGAUCUAGUUGGCGAGCGAAAUCUGACGCAGUCGGUCUAGUGUGAAGUCAACGAUGCUGUCGACUGU